GGGGCGACGGCGGUGACCGAAGGCGGUGACCGGGGGAGAUGGAGGCCGUGACCGGGGCAGGUGGAGGCGGUGACCGGGAGAGGGCGGCGGUGGAGCCCCUGCUGCGACCGGCGGUGGAGCCUGGGCGAUCGGCGACCCCAGCCCACGCUGAUUCGGUGCCCUCGCCUCGUCCAGGGAGUUGUCACGACACGAGAGACGGGAGCAAGGUCCCCGGGGAAGGAGGUUUGGGGCGAAUGAUGGCGGCGCCCAGCCACACAAGAAGGCCACGGUUUGAUGUGUCAUUAGUACGUUUAACUCAGCAAUUUAUGGAACUUGUAAGAAAGGCGCCUGAUGGAGUUCUUGACAUUAAUGAUGUGGCCAGAAUGCUUGGAGUACGAAAAAGAAGGGUUUAUGAUAUCACCAAUGUACUAGAUGGGAUUCGCCUUGUGAGAAAAAAAUCCAAAAACCUAAUUGAAUGGAUAGGUAAAAAUCCACAAGAAAAGCUAGGAUAUGAAGCUCAGUAUCGAAAAUUGAAUAAAGAACUGGUAGACCUCACAACAGUAGAGGAUUCAUUGGAUGAAUUAAUCAAAGACUGUGCUCAUCAGUUAUACAAUUUAACAGACGACAAAGAAAAUGCAAGACUAGCGUAUGUAACUUACAAGGACAUACACAGCCUACAAGCCUUCAAAGAACAGAUUGUAAUUGCAAUCAAAGCUCCCCAAGAAACCACGCUGGAAGUACCUAUUCCAAAAGAGGAAACAAUCCAAGUUUACAUAAGGAGCACUGAAGGGCCAAUUGAUGUCUUUGUAUGUGAGAUGCAGGAAGAAAACUGUCCGAAAAAGUGCACAGAUGACACAUCCAGCGAGAACAAAAAGAUCUCUUCAGCAACAGAUGAGGCCGUGACAUUACCACCUGAUAAAGAGCAAAGACUUACAGAAUGAUGUAUAUAAUAUAUCUGGGACUAUCAAGUAACUUACUAAAGAUCAGAAUCCUUUGAUGUUAUAAUGCAUCAAUGGAUUUUCCAUUGCUGAUCAUUGAUCCAACAUCCUGCAGAAGAGCCUAAAGAAAAGGAAUGGUGUCCUGAGAGGCCAUGCAGCCGGCAUGUCUUCACAAAUUAUGUUCAAACUGUUGCAAUCCACUUUUUUGUAUGCUACCAAGAAAUAUCAAAUGGCUUUGCACAAAGGAAAAUAUCAUCAAGAGUGUCAUUUGGCAGUGACUUGGUAGACGAGUUGAUGUGCAGUUUUGGAAAAGCGUGAAUUGCCAACUUGCUAAAAUUAGCUUUUAUAAAUAUUUUAAUGGUUAAAAAUGCAUCAUGGAAAAUAUUGAUAAAUUUAGAGUAUUACCUGUGAAUGUAUAUAGUUAAACUUUUUAUUUGCUGUAAUAUCUUCAGGGUAAACAUUUGAUUGAACAGUUGAUGCCCAAAAAUAUUAUUCUUUCUCCACCAUUGUGUACAGAAAAUGGUAUCCAGUAUAAUCUAUUAACUGCAGAGAGUUUGUUACACAGGGUAAAAUUUGUGUCUCAUUCAUUCCAGAAUCAAAAGCAGUACGCUAGAAGAACUCAGCAGAUCAUGCAACACCUAUGCAGACGGAUGGUGUAAGUUGAUAUUUCGGGAUGGGCCAACUCUCUAUUAGCCCUGAUGCAGCAUCUCAACCCAAAAUAUAGACUUACACCUUUUGUCUCCACAAAUGCUGCUUGACCUGUUGAGGUCAUCAGAUGUUCUUGUCAUUUAGUUCCUGAUUCCAGCAUCGGCAGUCACUUUUGUCUCACUCCCAUGAUUAGUUUGUCUUCAACCAAUAUUUAAGUAAAUGGUAUAUCACACCUACUAGACUGAAGAUAGAACCAUAUGUUUUCACCCCUCCCCCAUACUGACAGACUAGCAGCGACAACUCUUCAGCAAAUGUGUAUUUCAACCACUAUCACAGUUUUAAGAGUAAAUACCGUAAGAUUUUCAUAGUAGGUGACAGCCUUAAAGUUAUUGAAUGGCUUCAUGUUUAUAUCCUGUCUGACAAUAAGUUCUGUUGAGAUGCUUUUUUUCUAUAAAGUAUUUAUCCUGCAUUUGUCCAACACUGCCAAACAUAAUCUUAAAGUAUUGUUACUAAAUACAUUGUCCUGAUGGAAGGUUAAUGGGUGCUUACAUUAAACCAUUAUGUUUCCAAAUACAUUUUGUUUAAACACUAGGGACAAACAUUCAAGCAUUACAUUUCAUUCAUCAGCUACGAUCAUUUGCAGACUGCAUUUUGAGAUAAUGGUGUAGUUUUACAUUUGAAUAGGAAAAUGUUUCCUUUUCCUUACACCAGCCAUUUCUGGUUGAAGUCUAAAGUGUAGUAAUUAUUUUGAAGGUGAGACAUUCAUUUACCACAACCAGCAUCUAUGUAAUUGUAUUAGAUUAUGUCACAUAUCUGUAUAUAGUUUUCUAAUAUCUGUAGCUUUGUAGGUUUAAACUGUCAUUAGUAACAUGAGGGGUCAGAUCAGAUUAUCUUUAGUGUUUGUGCUUUCUACCUCAUUUAACAUGAGAAUGGGGGAAUCCCCACCCUUUGAUUUUUAUCCAGAGAGAAAUAGAAUUUCAUAUUACACAAGAAAUAAUUUUAAUAUUUUCCAUGCAUUUAAUUUAUUAAUACUUUCACUUUUGUUGGUGAAGGUAUAGUGUUGCUUAGUUGAUAAUUGAGAACUGUGGUUGACUUCCUGAUAGGAUAAAUUGUAAAAGGAUGAAUAUUAUGGUUCGAUCUCAGCAGUCUUUACAUUGAAACACUUGCCUGUUAUUUAAAUUGUGUUGCCUUUUGCAGAUACUAAAUCGUGUUGUAUUCAUAAAUGACAGAAUUGCUCAGAUUACAAAAGGUGAAGUUACAAUAAUCCAUAUAAAGCCUCAAUUUUUGUCUAAUGUUUUACACCUUAUUUCUUAAAUUGUACUUUGUUAGGUUAAUUUACCUACGUUGACUCACAUUUAGAUUUGAACUUGUCUAUCUACUGUUUGCUGAAGUAGUUGUAAUUUAAUUCCUUUUGAAGUCUACUUUUGUGCAUUCAUGUUAAUAUAAUUAGUGGGUUUUUUUUAUUUCUCCACUGUAAUAAAAUCAUGAAUUUGAUAUCUGGAAUUUUUGUGUAGAGUGACUUCACAUGGGAUUUAAGAGAAAAUAACUGAUAUAUGUGAGAAUGGCAACCACCACAGACUGAUACAUAAGAAUAUUUGCAUUGUGAAAUAACCUACACCAUGUAUAAAGAUUAGAGAAAAAAAUGAAGCACCUUAAUGCCUAUUAUUUAAGGUGGGGACAUCGUUAGACAUAAAGCCUUGAUAAAGCUGAUGACAAGCUUUUUCAAGAGCGGUUUCCCCCAAAGUACUUAAAUUGUUAUCCCCUCUGACACGACAAAAUUGUGUUUUUUCUGGAAAUAUAUACUUGGUAAUAUGAUCAUGCAAAUAGGUUUUUUCUAAAUUAAUAAUAAAUGAGAUAAACUCAA